AUGCCCCACAGCUCCCGCAAAAAGCCCUCCCGAUCCCAGACCACCGCCCAAAAACGCCUGGAAAUCACCGACGCCGCCGGCUGGACGCAUGUCACCACCAGCGGCAAUGCCCGUCGCUGUGUGCGCACCACCACCGAUUCCACCCACCCCCAAGACAUCCCAUCGCAUCUCACCCCCGCCGAAGCCCCUCCCAAACUCACCCUAGACGACCUGCACACCCAAUUCCAACAAUCCCUGCGCGUCUGGAAAGAGUCGCCGACUUGGUCUGUCGUGGAAAAGACUUUACUCCAACAGACCGUUCAACACCCAGGAUCACAACCAGACAACGAAAUCGAUUCUAUAAUUUGCAUCGGACUCGGUAGUCUAAGCGGGUUCCUGCGCGGCGGUUGGGUCGAUCGUCGAACCGUCUCCCUGUAUCAAUUGGCUGCGUUGGUCAGUGUGGUGGAUUGUUUGAAAACAACCACCCAACAAACCCACCCCAUCAAGACCUACGCCCAAGACCCCGUCUUCAACGAACUCGACAAAUCCCUCCUGGCCUCCCUCGACAUCACCGUCCUCGAGACCCCCCUCGCAUUCGAGAAGAUCUCCUCGCGCACCUUUCUGUUUUGCCCGGGCGCCGAGCGCGCGCAUCUGGAGCAGGUGCUGGCGGUGAAUCCCUCGUUUGUGUUUGGGGGCCCGUUGGAGGAUGUUGAAUCCCAGGAGGUGAGUCGGUUCGUGGCGUCUAGGGGCUCGGUGCGGUUGCCGCAGUUUGAGGAGCAGGAACAUGCCUUCUGGAACAUGCGCGUCUACUAUCCCCAGGAGGAGAGGGAUUGA